AUGAGGGUCAGGUCCGGCAUAUAUCUUUUUCUUAGAAUUGCUGCUUCCAAGGAUUUCUUAGCAACCAUAAGGCCAAUCAACAGUGAUAAGGUUUUCAGGACCGUUGGGGAGAGCAUCGAGCUUAGCCCCAACAGAGGAGAGGAUCUAGCAAUCUUCCAUGUGGUGACAAAGAAGGAGAAAAGAUUCAAGCUGUUUGGAAUGAGGCUGGGAAAGCAUAGGCAUAUGCUUCUCAUAUCUCCAGGAAGUAACCCAGAGCUUUAUCUAGGAUACAGCAAAGAGAAAGGGCUUGGGAUGCAGAAAAAAAGGAAGUAUUGGGAGUACAGAGAAGUAGGGAAUGGAGGAUACAUACUCAAGGCAAAGAAAAAUAAAUGCUUGGGAGUGGCUGGGAACAAUACCCUUGGGGUUUUUAAGUGCAGAAACGAAGAGGGCCAGGUGUUUAUCUUUGAGAAAAAGAAUAGCCAUGAAACUUCAGGAUCCACAAGUGAGGACUCCCAUAUUGCCAUCACUUCCGAACCUCCACAGGUCCCAGGAACACCUUAUGUGCAAGAUAAAUCUUGGGAGGAUUUCCAAACGUCUCAAGAGAGCAGCGAUUCCUCGAGUGAUAGUAGCAUAGUGAGACCUGUGUUUAUUAACCUGAACAUGAAGGACAAGAAGGCAUAUGCAGAUGACCAAGAAGUUGCUUCUCUCUCUGUCAUGACAUCCACAACAACGGUCUCUGUAACUAUCACCAGGUCUUCUUCGAUAAGAGAGGUAUCAACUACACACCCGAUGUCUGUUGUCCGUAAUUCCAUAGUUAUCACCACUAGGAUUCCUUCGAGCGUAGCUUCCAUAUGGAACAAAAUGGCAGCUACUGAGGAACUCCAGACCUCAUAUGACUCAAGCUCGUCCUCUGAAGUACACAGAAUGCCUUUCAACAAAGCUUCUAACGGACACUACGAAAAGAUUAAGGAUGGAAUGAACUUAGACCUUGACUUUGAGUUUUACCCAGAACUAGGACGGCUCCUCAAGAGUGAUGGCUACAGAAGGAGUAAUCCCCAUCUUAAGAAAAGAGAAGCCAGGAAGAAAAAUAAAGCAAAGUAUCGGGACAAAAUGAAAGAGAAUCGGAUACUUUCCAGCGGUCUUGAAUGUUUUGACUCCUGUGUUCUGAAUCCCUUACAGCAAACUGGGGUUAAAGCACCUCCCUCUGCCAAUAUUAGAUAG